GGUGACAUGUCCGUGAUGGCCUACUGCUCCAAGGUGAAGCAGCUCGCAGAUCAACUCCGCGAUCUCGGCUCGCCUGUGUCGAACCAGGAACUCGUCAUCACCUUGCUGCGUGGUCUCAAUGAACGGCUCCACAAUGUGAUUCCCAGUAUCACCAGUCACAAAAGGCUGCCGUCGUUCCUGAAGGUGCGAUCUCAACUUCGCCUUGAAGAAAAUCGCGUCGACACCGCGGCCAAGCGGGCUCAGGCCGCCGCCUUCUUCGCCCACAUGCACGGCUCCGGUGGCGCUGCAUCCGCCACGUCCGGUGCAUCCAUCGCGUCCGGUGCGCCGCUCGCCCUCGCAGCCCAGCCCGGCGUCGCCGCCUCUCCAACAUCUGCUGGUGGCGCCCAGCCCGGCGUCGCUGCCUCUCCAACAUCUGCUGGUGGCGCGGGCGGCUCCGGCAAGAAGCAGAGGUACAAGAAGAAGAACUCCGGGGGCGGCUCCUCCUCCAACAAUGGCCGUCCCGGGAACGCCUCCACCGUCCAACCACAGUGGCCGCAAGUCAACCCGUGGUCUGGAACAUUCCAGGCUUGGCCUACCAUGGCGCGUCCACCGCUCCCGCCUCCAGGCACUGGAGUCCUGGGGCCGCGUCCCGGCGUUCCAUUGGCACAGGCCUACUACGGCGUUGCGCCCAUGCAGCAGCCACAGGCUCCCUCUUGGGAUCAAGCUGCACUGAUCGCUGCUCUCAACAACAUGGCGCUCCAGACCUCCCCCGCUGGCGACUGGGUCAUGGACACUGGUGCAUCAACGCACAUGUCCAACCACGGAUCUGCGCACCAAGAUGGAAAUUCUCCGAUGUAACAGUGAUGGGGAUCUUUACCCUCUCACUGCUCCGGCUGCACAGGCCCUCUUCACUCAAGCUGCUGCUCGUUGGCAUCGUCGAUUGGGCCACCCCAGCAAUAAAAACUUAUCUCAGCUUCUUACAUCAUUUGAUUUUCAAUGUAAUAAGCAGCCAUCCAGCCACUGUCAUGCUUGCCGCCUGGGUAAACACACACGGCUUCCUUUUUCUUUGUCCAGUUCAGUGACAACAGGGCCAUUCCAGCUUCUCCACUGCGACGUUUGGACGUCACCCGUCUCGAGUGUUUCUGGUUUUCAGUAUUACUUAGCGAUACUCGAUGAUUACACUCACUUUGUUUGGGUUUAUCCUUUACGUCAAAAGUCUGAAGUUGCUUCAAUUAUCAUUUCUUUCUGUGCCUUUGUUCAGACUCAAUUCCAGCGUGCCGUUUGCUGUUUUCAGUCCGACAAUGGCAAAGAGUUUGAUAAUCAAGUCCUGCGCAACUUCUUCACCUCUCGUGGCAUUCUCUUCAGGUUGUCAUGCCCAUAUA